AUGAUCUAUGUCUCGAAAGUAUACAGUAAACCAUUUAAAUUUGUGAAAGGAGAAAGUGAUAAGUUAACUUUAGAUAAAUUAAAGCCACAAGACCAUAUUGAUGCAUUAAAGAUGGAACAUGAUGGGCAUAUCAAUAAGGAAUAUCAUAAAGAAUUAUUUCUUGGAGAUCAUGAAGAGAUUGAAAGUGAUUCUAAAUCAGCAGAUGCUAAAAUGAAAGACAUUUUUAAAAAAGUGGAUCUUGAUACAGAUGGAUCCUUAAGUGAAUUAGAAAUGGAGGAUUGGAUCAAACAAAAAAUGCAGGAACAUUUUGAUGAGGCUAUAACAGAAAAUGAACAAAUAUUUAAACAUUUAGAUCCAGAUGGCAAUGGAAAAGUACAUUGGAAAGAAUACUAUGUACACUUUUUAUUGGCUAUGGAUGUACCUGAAGAGAAAGCUAGGAAACAUGUGAUAGAUUAUGAUAUAGUUGAAUUAGAUAGUGAUGAUAAAGAAGACCUAAUAAGGUACAAAUUUCGAUGGGCUGAUGCGGAUGAAGAACCAGAAGAUAAUGAAUUAACAAAAGAAGAAUUUCUAUCAUUCCGUCAUCCAGAACAAUCUCCUAAAUCAUUAAACAAUAUGGUUUUUAGUAUUAUUAAUGCACUAGAUAAAAAUGGUGAUAACAUAUUGACAGUACAGGAGUUUGCAGCACUUCCACCAGGCGAGGUAGAAGGUGAAGACCAAAAAGAUUUAGAUAGACAAUGGCAGAAAGAAAGAGAAAAUGAAUUCCAUAUUGCUGUAGAUAUAGAUCGUGAUGGUAAAGCUACAAAAGAAGAAGUACAUAAAUAUAUUGAUCCUCGAAAUCCAAUACAGGCUAAAAUGGAAGCUAAAAGUUUGAUUAGUUUAAUAGAUGUAAAUAAAGACAAUAAGUUAUCAAUAGGAGAAAUCAUGGAUAGAAAAGAUAUAUUUCUUUCUAGUAAAUUAGCAGACUUUGCCAGGAACGUUCAUGAUGAAUUCUAG